AUGAAGUUUUCCCACGUAGUCGCCGGCUUCGCUGCCACGGCGCAUGCUUUUAGUCCCAAGUUCAACAUCUUCGGCGACAACGAUAAUGCCGACACCAACGCUCCUCAUAGGAUCCCUACGGCCCAUGAGUCUGUUGUCAUGGCGCGUCGCAUCCUUGCUCUCACCAAGGUCGCCACUCUCUCGACUGUUUUCCCUUCUGGCCACCCCAACGGUGAUCUUGCCAUCGAUGAGAACCGCCCGACCGGACUCGAGGGUGUGCCUAUUGGCAUGAUGGAUUAUGUGGCAGAUUGCGAGGAUGAAGGUAACCCUACCAUUCUCGAAAUUAAGAUCGCAACAACGUUCAAGAACAUCCGCGCUGGAUCGAACCUUACACUCUCCAUGAACUGGGUCCCGCCCUAUCCGCCCGCCAAGCGCAUCUCCCUUCUCUCUCGUCUCUCGGCAUAUAUUCCCUUCCUCCCUAGCUACGACUACAACAGUCGUGUCGAGGAGUCUUCCACCCCGGACACCGUUCCUUACUCAGCGGCCAAUCUGCCCCGGUUCGCCCUUUUUGGAUACCUGGAGCCCAUUGAAACCACUCCCGUAUCGGCUGUCAAGCUUGCAGCAUGCUUUACGCGCAAGCAUCAAGACGCUAAGUACUGGCUGCCAGGUAAUGUCAUCCAUGAGAGCUCAUGGGCGCGCCUGGUUGUGACCAAGAUAUAUUGGGUUGGCGGCUUUGGCGACCGGGCGCGAAUUGGCUGGCUGCCUGUUGACGAAUGGAAGAGCGUCACCAGAGAUGAAUGGGAGAGCAUCAAGCUCCCCGGUGAGGAGAGAGGUUGGAGCGAGUGGUCAGUCAGCUCUGCGGGAGAGCUGUAA